UGCAACCUAUGUGACGGAAUCCCCGUCCAGUCUUUAAGAGCGGAGAGAGAGAGAGGGGAGGUGCGUGGACCGGUCCUCUCUCACUGCGGAACCCCGCGCGCUGAGCUGCCUGGACAUUCCAACCUUCUUUUUGUUGGAUUCAAAUUAUUAUUUGUUUUAAACCCAACGAAUAUUUAUUUUAAUUUAAUUUUAGUUAAUUUUUUCCCCUCGUCAAAACCGUUUCUGGUGUGUGUGUGGUAAAUCGGGAUCACUACCGUGAGGAAUUUACCGUUUUAUCCCGGGGGAAGAAAAACAGGUGGAUUAAUAUAUAUUUGUGUUUGCGGAUGUGAGGCGUUGUGGCUCGCGCGGGGCGCUCAGAUGGAGUAGAAGGUUGCGAUGUCCUCUCGGCUUCUGGAGCGAUGUGGCACAGACAGCAGACCAAGUUUGAACACUUUAUUUGUUGGUUUGCUGACGCCGUGAGCACCGGAGCUUCGCGUGGGGGCGGACGGCUGCGGGGCCGUGCAUCUAUCGUUAAAGAUGGUGACUGGGAGACCAAAGGGACCUCAGCCACACCGACUCUACCGCCACAGCUCCGCAUGGUGACACUGAAGGGUUCCAGUAUGGGCCGUUUGGGCUGGGUCCUCCUCACCCUCCCAGCCCUGCUUUCCCAGAUCAGUGUACCAGCAGCGGCCCAGAAGCCACCUGGGCUAAGUGUGGGGGUGAUCUUGGGUCAGACGAGGCCAAUCAGUGACCAGGAUAUAAUCCCGGUGAGGCGGAACGACGACCCUGUGGAGCUGACCGUCACCACCCUGAGAAUCAACCAGACAGACCCCAAGACAGUCAUCACACAGGUGUGUGAGCUGCUACAGAAGAAGCCUCUCCAUGGCCUUGUCUUUGCUGAUGGGUCGGACCAGGAAGCUAUCUCUCAGAUCCUGGACUUCCUGUCUUCUCAAACAUCACUUCCUGUCCUGGGGGUGUACGGGGGAUCCUCCAUGAUCAUGGCCGACAAGGAUGUGGAGUCUACGUUCUUCCAGUUUGGAGCAUCUCUGAUGCAGGAGGCGUUACUGAUGAUGAACAUCAUGGAGGAAUAUGACUGGCACAUCUUCUCUAUAGUCACCUCUAAGUUCCCCGGGUACCAGGAGUUUAUAAAUGUCCUGCGUGUGACGGUGGACCACAGCUUUGUGCGUUGGGACCUUCAGAGUGUCGUCACGCUGGACGCGGUGGACGGAGACGCCAACUCUAAAGCUCAUAUCCAGCUGAAGAGGAUCCAGAGUCCUGUAAUACUGCUGUACUGCUCCAAGGAGGAGGCUAGGUAUAUAUUGGAAGAGGCCAGGUCUCUGGGUCUGACUGGGUCGGGCUACAUCUGGAUCGUACCAAGUCUGACCACAGGGAACCCCGACUUCACCCCAGACAUCUAUCCUCUGGGGAUGAUCUCUGUGUCCUACAACGAGAUGGAGUAUCCCCUGGAGAGCCGCCUUAGAGACGGAGUGGGCAUCAUCGCCACGGCAGCCGUCACCAUGCUGAGGGAGAAAGGGGAGGUGCCAGAACCCCAAGGGAACUGCUACAGCCAAUCAGAGAAGGGAAAGACUCUGCCCAGCGCCCUGAGAGGGAACAUGAUGCACGUGACCUACGAAGAGCGGGACCUGUCCUUCACCGUAGACGGUUACCAAGCCAACCCCAAACUGUCCGUCAUUGUCCUUCAUCCAAAUAGGACAUGGGAGAAGAUGGGUCGUUGGGAGAAUGGGACCUUGUCUCUGAUGUUCCCGGUAUGGCCCAGGUAUAACUCAUGGGGAGACGAGGAGGCCGAUGAGAACCACCUGUCUAUCGUGACUCUGGAGGAGAAGCCCUUCGUCGUCGUUGACAACGUAGACAUCCUGACUGGGACCUGCAUGAGGAACUCUGUUCCCUGUAGGAAACAUGUUAAAGAUAACUCUACAGAAGGUGGAGGAUCCUAUAUAAAGCAGUGUUGUAAAGGGUUCUGUAUCGACAUCCUGAAGAAGAUCGCCCGGAACGUCAAGUUCACCUUCGACCUCUACCUGGUGACCAACGGAAAACACGGCAAGAAGAUCAACAACGUCUGGAACGGCAUGGUGGGAGAGGUGAUUCAAAAGAAGGCAGCGAUGGCUGUGGGGUCGUUGACCAUCAAUGAGGAAAGGUCAGAGGUCAUAGACUUCUCUGUCCCCUUCGUGGAGACGGGCAUCAGCGUCAUGGUCGCCCGGAGCAACGGCACCGUCUCCCCCUCCGCCUUCCUCGGGAACUCUGUCGUCAGUCUGUCUCCUAAAGGCCAGGGUGGUCUCUAUAGCAACACUUCCACGCUACAGGGCUUCCUGGGUCGGCACAAAGACCUGCUGAAUAACUCAUCCCCAGGCCCGUACCCUGGGAAACCCAAACCCCACCCCCUCAGCCUCAACGACGUAGAGGUCAGCGUUACCGCCGACAACGGGAAACCCCACCCCCCCGGCCUGGCCGGCCCCGCUUCCAAACCCCGCGCCUUAUGGAAGAAAAGCGUGGAGACGCUGAAACAAGGACCAAUCUCGUUGUCCGGUCCCUCCGGUGGUCCCGUCCCCGGAUCCGCUAGCUCCGCCUCUGUCCCGGGCCAUGCAACAAUGAAGAGCCAGCGUUACCUCCCUGAAGACCCGCCCCAUUCCGACAUCUCCGAGUGUUCCAGCCGGCCCCCCUCCUACAUGGAAUCCGAUCUGGGGGGGCCCAGGAUGGGGAUGGGGGGGUUCAAACCCGCAAAAGACGGGCUGAAGAAACGCCCGGUGGGGGGGGUAGGAGGUGUAGGAGGAGGAGGCGGCAGUGGGAGGAGUCACGAGAAGAUCUAUUCCAUAGACUCAGACCAGGCCAGUCUACACUCCGCCCCGCUCUACCAGAGAGACAGCCUCCAGGAACCCCCCGACGUCACACACACGCACUCCGACCUCAGACACUCUCACUCGGAGCACUCCAACGCCGUGGACGCUUCCAUCCUGCAGCUGAGCGCCAGUCUGCUGCACCACAGCCACUCUGCCGACGCUGACCUCCACUCUCUGAAGGACAAGAAGUACAGCACCUACAAACACACCAGCACUGGAGCUGCCUCCUCAGGCAAAGACAAGAGCAAUGGUUCCUACGAUGCCCCAGGGGGCCAGAGACAGACCCAUUGCCGGUCCUGUCUAGGGAAGUUAUCAGGUUACUCUGGUCUGUACACAGUCCGCUCCCCUCAGAAUCGCUGUGAUGCCUGCAUCCACCUGGGAAACCUCUACGACAUCAGUGAAGACCAGCUGCAGUACCAGACCUAUUCACAGGCACACGCACACUCCCCAAACGCACACUCCCCACACGCACACUCUCCACACGCACACUCCCCACACACACACUCUCCACACGCACACUCCCCACACGCACACACACACACCCAGCACACACACCCUCACUCUGGCGGGGACAUGUUCACCCACUACCUGCCUCAGAGCGAGCUGGGUCUGGUGGGCGAGGGUGAUGGGUUGGUGAGUCACUACCUCCCCCCUGCCGGAACCUCCCCCCCAGGAUCUCACCUCUCCACCCAGCUCAGCCGACAGCCCUCCUACGAGAACGUCCCUGAGAAGCAGCAGCAGCAGCGUCGGGGGGGCGGCAGGGAGUCAGAGCGGCAGCAGAGUCAGUUCAGAGGGUUCAGUCUGCCAGACAGGGACAACAGCAGAGAUAACAACAGCUUUGGUCUCCUGGAGGAUAGUCCCUAUGCUAACGUGCUCACCAUGCGCUCUGACCGACCCUACUCCUCCUCCCCCCUCAACCACUCUCUGGAUCCCGUCCUGCCCCUCCCCCUGCCCCUCCCCCGCCGCUCCAAGUCCCUGUACCCCGACCGGCCCUCCCAUAACCCCUUCCUGCAGGGCGGAGGGGGGACGGGGCAGCGAGGAGAGAACAGCCUGGCCGCAGCACAGCGCCUGGCACAUGGCCGCUCCGCCACCGACCUCUACAAACAACUAGUCCCCCUGGCGAUGACGCUCGGCAACCACCACGGGCAUCCCCACGGCAACCACCAGGAGUUCUUCUACCCCGUGGCCUCAGAGACGGCCGUGAUGUCGUACGUGAUGGCUCCGCCCGCCGUGGCGGCCCAGCAGCCAAUCGGCUACGUGACGGCUCCCCGGGCCUCCAGCGCCGGUGGAAACAGGCCACGCCUCUACCGACGCAUGCCCAGCAUCGAGUCCGACGUCUGAGACACACACACGGGAGAGAGAUUGUGUGUGCUGGUGUUAGGGACAAAUCUGACUUAACAAACACACACACACACAGCUGAACAGAACAGUCCUAGUCCUCAGUGUUUUCUAUGAGGAGUUAAACCUCCUUCAUAAACCACUAAUACUAUACAACCUAUAAACAGGUGGUCUACCACUGACUUAACAGGAGAUUAGAGGAGAGGAGAGGAGAGGAGAGGAGAGGAG